GCCGCGGGAGGAGGGGAGGCGCCGGGGGCGCGCGCGCGCGCUGGGCGCUGCUGGGCUGCGGCGGCGGCGGCGGCGGUUACUAUGGCGGAGUCGGCCGGAGCCUCCUCAUUCUUCCCCCUCGUCGUCCUCCUGCUCGCCGGCAGCAGCGGGUCCGGGCCCCGGGGAAUCCAGGCUCUGCUGUGUACAUGCACCAGCUGCCUACAGGCCAACUACACAUGUGAAACAGAUGGGGCCUGCAUGGUUUCCAUUUUCAACCUGGAUGGGAUGGAGCACCAUGUGCGUACCUGCAUCCCCAAAGUGGAGCUGGUCCCUGCUGGGAAGCCCUUCUAUUGCCUGAGCUCCGAGGACCUGCGUAACACCCACUGCUGCUAUACUGACUUCUGCAACAAGAUCGACCUGAGGGUGCCCAGUGGUCACCUCAAGGAGCCUGAGCACCCUUCCAUGUGGGGCCCUGUGGAGCUGGUCGGCAUCAUUGCCGGCCCAGUGUUCCUCCUGUUUCUCAUCAUCAUCAUUGUUUUCCUUGUCAUUAACUAUCACCAGCGUGUCUAUCACAACCGCCAGAGGCUGGACAUGGAAGAUCCCUCAUGUGAGAUGUGCCUCUCCAAAGACAAGACGCUCCAAGAUCUUGUCUACGAUCUCUCCACAUCAGGGUCUGGCUCAGGGUUACCACUUUUUGUCCAGCGCACAGUGGCCCGAACCAUCGUCUUACAGGAGAUUAUUGGCAAGGGCCGGUUUGGAGAAGUGUGGCGCGGCCGCUGGAGGGGUGGUGAUGUGGCUGUGAAAAUUUUCUCUUCUCGUGAGGAACGGUCUUGGUUCCGGGAAGCAGAGAUAUACCAGACAGUCAUGCUGCGCCACGAAAACAUCCUCGGAUUUAUUGCUGCUGACAAUAAAGAUAAUGGCACCUGGACACAGCUGUGGCUCGUCUCGGACUACCAUGAGCAUGGCUCCCUGUUCGAUUAUCUUAACCGGUACACAGUGACGAUCGAGGGGAUGAUUAAGCUGGCCUUGUCUGCUGCCAGUGGGCUGGCACACCUGCACAUGGAGAUCGUGGGCACCCAAGGGAAGCCUGGAAUUGCUCAUCGAGACUUAAAGUCAAAGAACAUCCUAGUGAAGAAAAAUGGCAUGUGCGCCAUUGCAGACCUGGGCCUGGCCGUCCGUCAUGAUGCAGUCACAGACACCAUUGACAUUGCCCCAAAUCAGAGGGUGGGAACCAAACGAUACAUGGCCCCUGAAGUGCUUGAUGAAACCAUUAACAUGAAGCACUUUGACUCCUUUAAAUGUGCUGAUAUCUAUGCCCUCGGGCUUGUAUAUUGGGAGAUUGCUCGAAGAUGCAAUUCUGGAGGAGUCCAUGAAGAAUAUCAGCUGCCAUAUUAUGACUUAGUGCCCUCUGACCCUUCCAUUGAGGAAAUGCGCAAGGUCGUAUGUGACCAGAAGCUGCGUCCCAACAUCCCCAACUGGUGGCAGAGUUAUGAGGCGUUACGAGUGAUGGGGAAGAUGAUGCGAGAGUGCUGGUACGCCAACGGCGCAGCCCGCCUGACUGCUCUGCGCAUUAAGAAGACCCUUUCCCAGCUCAGCGUGCAGGAAGAUGUGAAGAUCUAACCCUGCUUCCCUCCCCUACAUGCAACCUGGGCAGCGAGGACUACACAGAGCUGCCAUGUCGAGCGUACGAUGGAGGCCUACCUCUCGUUUCUGCCCAGCCCUCUGUGGCCAGAAGCCCUGGUCCGAAAGAGGGACAGAGCCCGGGAGACCCGCUCACUCCCAUGUUGGGUUUGAGACACAGACACCUUUUAUACUUACCUCCUAGUGGCAUGGAGACUCUGAGCGAAUGGUGUGAGAACUCGGUGCCACAACUCUGAACGGGUUGUAGUGGGGAGUCCCGCCCAACCCGGUGCGCCUGGGGUACAUCCAGGAGUGGUAACAGCGGCCUGGGGGGCCCAGGUGAAGCCGAGUGCUGAGCAGCACUGAGAUUUUCCUCCAGGAACCGGCCCCAACACCGAGGUGGCCCAGAGGAACCUGAAGCGCAGCCCCUCUGGCAGGCAGUUCUGGGCCCCGUGCUCCACCCUCGCCCAGACAUCGGCAGGGGCUGCCAGCGGAGACGGAAUCCGCCCCUGUCUGUCCAGCCAGGUGUGCAUGUGCCGAGGUGCGUCUCCUGUUGUGCCUGGUCCGUGCCACGCCCUUAUGUGUGUGCGUGCGUGUGUGUACGUGUGUGUACGUACAUACGUGUGUGUGUGUGUGUGUGUGUGUGCGCGUGUCUGUCUGUAGGUGCGACUUCCCUGCUUGAGCUUUCUGUGCAUGUGCAGGUCAGGGGUGUGUUCUUCAUGCUGUCUUCGUGCUGGUGCCUCUGUUCAGUAGUGAGCAGCGUCUCGUUUCCUGGUGCCCUGCCCAGAGGUCUCCUCCCUGCCCCUGCCCCUGCCCCAGAGCUCUGAGCCACGGUACCCUCCUUCCCCACAGGCGGCUCUGCCAACCCUGCGUGAGCACCGCUCUCCAUUUCAGACUGGAACCAAAGCUGGCCCAGCAGGCUUUGGGGUCCAGAUGUGAGGGAGGGUGGGUGGGCAGGGAAAGCAGCUCGGUGUGAGUCUUGGGCGUGUGGUCAGCUGCCACCGUAGGAAAUGAGCCAGCCCAGGGCAUGCAUGGUCCUCGCAGCAUCCAGGAAGGCCCAAUGCGUUUGCAGCCCAGAUCGUGGGGCUCGGAUUAGAAUGUCACAUCUGUCUUUCCUGUCCCAGAUUCUGGAAACAGCCGUGUAUAUUUUUGGUGGUGGUGGGUUUAGGGUAGGGAAGGGAAAGGGGGGCAGGGAGUGGGGAGGGAGUGCGGGUGGGAGGGAGGCAUCUGCAUGGGUCUUUUACUGGAUUAUCUGAUCGUGGUGGAGGGAAGGUAGGAGGCUUGUACCCACUUCAGGGGCCCUGCUAAAGGGAGCAGCCUGAGCCGAAUCAUAUUUAACCUGAAUGUAGUAGUGAACGAUGUCUAGAAGCACGGUUGUAGGUGGGGUUUGGUCACCAUAGCUUAGGUAUAUAAUGACUUUGAAGCCAUAACUUUUAACUGGAGUGGGUUUUUUGUUGUUUGUUUUUUAAUUUUAUUGGGAGGGUCUAGAUUUUAACUUUUUUUAAUAUUAUUAAGUUUUUAUAAAAGGAAAACCAUCUCUAUGUGAUGAUUACCUCUCAAUUUAUUUGUUUUUAAAGAAACCCUUACAAAAACAACCACAAAAAAAAAAAAAAAGCUUCAAUCAAGCGCACAUAGCUCAAUCACACUGGAAACGUCCGUCCUUGUCCUGAGCCUGUCCCCACUCCACGGGAGCGGCCCGUCCUGCCCUGGGGGUUAGUCUCUCUCGCUUCUGCCCACCCACCCCCAGUUCCAGGAGUGGCUGGGGGCCAGGGCCCUGGCCUGUUGUGCACUGUCCAGCUGGUUGCUCCUUCUCCAGGCGUUUACUCAGCUAAUGUUGAGUGCCUGUUGGGUGCCAGGCACUGUGCUAGGUGCUGGGAUACGGCUGUGAACAAGACAGGCUUGGGUCCUACCCUUGGAGCACUGAGAAAGGACCUGGUCCAAGUUGGUGGGUGCCUGUUUUGAGACCAGAAGUUCCAUACAGUCGUUGGUUCUGAGAGCCUUUGAGCCCGGAAUGAUUGCUCUCAUAGAAGACCACCGAGGAGCAAGGAUGCCUCCCACGCCAAAGAGACCGGUGGUGGGCAGAGCGCCCAGUCACUGCGUUCCUUCUGCGCCUCCUCCCUGCCCAGGGAGCAUGGUGUGGAUGCAGCUGCACAGCACCCCUGCCUCCAGCCAGCGACUCGCUGCCAAAGCUUGUGGAGGAGGGAGCCCUCUCCCUGCUUCUGUCUCCCCGAUGCCCCUGGCCUUUCUAUUUAUUUUCCUGAUGUGUUGCCUCUUUCCUUGCAUUAAAGGAGAUUUCCCCCUAACUGUUUGGGCCAAUUUACUGGCUAUUGACUAAUUUCCCUUGAAUACCAAUUGUGUCAUCAGGGGACUUCCUUUCCUCACCUCUGCCCUGCAGAACCUGGCGGGUUCUAAGUGGUUAUGGGAUUAGACUCCCCGUGCCCAUCACAACCAGCCUCUGGGAUCUGCCAACACUCCUCGACCCAGGGACUCCCAAGCCACUAGCCUGCUCCUUAGGUGGCCCUUCUGUCCUCACCACACGUACGUCCAGUUCCUCCCCCCUGGGGAAGACUGAGCAGUUUUUUGGGAAGCUCCCAUCCUCACCCUCGCCACUCUUAACCAUAAGCGUUAGGAGUUCAGAGGGCUGGGGAGAAACUACAGCCUGAAGCCGUGGUGUUUGGCCCCCUGAGGCUAACCCUGACCCUUAGGGCGACCUGCACCUCUGGAUUCCGGGUUCACAGACCAAGGCCAAGCCCGUUCUUUUGUUGCCAUCAAGGCCCCCGAACGGCAUUCUCGGUACUUCUGUUUGUUUUUGUACAUUUUACUAGAAAGGAUUGUAAAAUAGCCACUUAGACACUUUACCUCUUCAGUAUGCAAAUGUAAAUAAGUUGUAAUAUAGGAAAUCUUUUGUUUUAAUAUAAGAAUGAGCCUGUCCAAUUUCUGCUGUACAUUAUUAAAGUUUUAUUCACAGAGCUGA